CUGACAGAUCGAAGGCUAAGUGAAAAUGAAUGAACCACUUCAACGAGGCAAAGCAAGUAGUGCAUGAGCAGAAAGAUUACGGAACUCUAUGCUUAGCUAAGGUUCAACAUCGGGCUGGUUUUCUCUAAUUGCUGAUAAUGUACGAAAGUGGCGUCCCCUGAGGCUAUGCUAUUAAUACGGAUAUAAACAACCUACGUACGUUCAAGGAGACUUCUUUAGGUAAUUCAAAAUAUAUUAUAAAUUUAUUUUUCUGUAAUCUAUCUUUCCUUACAAUUUGCUUACUCUCUAAACUUCCGCCUUGCUAUUCUUCGAUUCUUUUUCGAUACCGAUAAUCAUAUUUGAAAUAUGAAGUUGCUACUUUUUAUAACGAUUGUUGCUUGUUUUUUGAAUAGAACAAUUUCUUCAACAACGAAUAAAGCCGACUAUCCGUUUUACAUUCAAGUUUUUCCUUACGACUCCGAAUGCAGCGGAAACCUUUCUUUCAUAGCGAAUGCUCCUGUCGUUGAUGGAAAGGGUGCUUACUCGUACCUUGAAAACGUGUCAUCGGUGUUGGCUGUUCCAGCAGAAGAUGGCAGUGUAACAUGCCUUGCUUUAAAUAAAACACUUCCAACAUGCUUCUCUGGAAGUGAACCAAGAUGCUUUCAGAUGUCAAGUGAUAUUAAUCGAUUUACUUUGAGUAUCAAUGACUCUUCCCAUCCGGUGAAAGGUACAUCUAAUGAUUAUACUACAGGAUUUCAUUAUUUGCUUACCCCCAAUACAACUUUUGAGUAUGUACAUAAUACUUCAGAAAGCAAAAAAAAUAAUUCAUCUGUGCUUGAGGAAACCUUUUUGUUUGAAUGCCAUCGCAAUAAAAGCUGUGUAUUUAAUCUACAACUCAGUAACCAAACCCUCAGCAAUUGCAGUGACGCUAAAACCUGUCUACAAAGCGGUAAUGGUGGAGCCUUUGGGAGUGUUGAUGUCUUUUUAAGUACCAUUUUCAAUCAAUUAGGGAAGACGUCCCGGCGUACCCAUGAUUCAUUUAUAUCACCUAACUUGAAAACAAUUUCAAGCUCCAAUGCUGUAAAUGUAACGAAAAUUGAUGUUUCAGCAUCACCUUCCCCUUCGAGUAGCUCAUCUUCAGGCUCCUCUUCUGCGUCCUCCACGUCCCCUACGUUGGCAGCAAACAAAUUACUUAUAACAGUCUUUAUUUUUCUUACGUUUGCUCUAUUCUUCGCAUCCUAGCUUCCAUAUGAAGACAACAAAAAAUGGGGUUUAUUUUGAAGCACAUAAUACUACCAUCAUCUCUCUUUAAUCCUCAAUCAUCCAAUCCAUUGUGCUCUCGGUUAGAAAGGGUCUAUAUUAAUCAGAAGCCAUAUGUCACCUGAAACCUUUUUUGUCAAAAUUCUAGCGAAAGCCUCUGCUGUGAUAAAACAAAUAAGAAGGGGGUAGACGAAUGAUGCAACAUGAUUAAACAGUGGAUGCUAAUUUAUGAAUUCUUAGAAUUGAUAGUGUAAAUAUAAACGAGGUCUAAGAAGAAAUUCUCGUAGCAAAAGUAUUUAAUAACUAAAGCGCAA